CACAGCAGGCGCGUCAUAAGCUUGAGAUCGGUUUUUUGAGAUUGGCCUUUUUAGAGACUGCCGAUCAAACAUCCCAACGCGAUUAUCGGCCGAUAGUGAUCGGUAGCCAAUCAAAUCGGAGCACCCCUAGUCAUUACUCGUAAUUGUAACGCAAAGUAAGCAGGAGGCAAAAACAAACAUAAAAGCAGCUAUUUAUAUGGAAGAGCUAAAUACACAAAGAAAUCAAAACAUUUACAGACAAAAAUGCAUACAACAUGAACAACAACUGACAAUGAAACACAGGGAAACCAGGGCGUAAAUACACAAGGGUCAAAAGGGAAUGAAAUGAGGAACCAAUCAUUAAUUAAACUACAAAAGACUACAAAAACCAGAACAAGGAACAAAAAAAAAAAAAAAAAGAAGAAUGUCAAAUCAAUCAAUCAACAAAACACUUUUGUUACUUUAUAUCAUCUUUGAAACGUCCUACAAUCAUUUCUUUAGUGUUGCAGAUAAAACUGGUUUGGCUCUUACAUUUUAAUAUUUGCUUAAGGAGAACUUUGGAUAGGUGUGGUUUGAGCAGCAACAAAAGACAAAGGUUUGAUGACAAUGCCUAACACAACUUAUACAGUUGACAGGGCUGCAGCACGGAGCAGGUGAAGUCUUUUCUACCCUAUUGUAUUUUAACAUAUUUUCUAAUCCUUUGUUAUCACAGGACUGCCACAACCUAACGCAGUCUACGCAAUGGGGCACCAGUACCCUUAAGAACUGAUUUUAUUGUUUACAGCUAAUUUACUAGUUAUUUAAAGUGCAUGGUAUAAUAUUACUCAAAAUUGCAAAACACAUUGUUUUGCUCAGCUGAUCCUGUAAUAAAUUGCAUGUUUAUUAGGUGUAACAACAAGGAAGGGCAUAUGGUUUCAUUUCCAAGAAAAUAUGAAGAGUGUAAGGCCAUUACAGCACGUGUAGAAAGUAACUAAUAUUGAAAUGAACAUUUGAAGAUUCAUGGCAUUCCAGAUCCCAGUACCGAUUUCACUUCCAAUUCCAAUUCCAGCAGUACCAAGAAAAACAGAUCCUCUAAUAAAAUGCAUCAUAGAGAACAAGUCAGAGAGACUUCGCAAAUUAAUAAGAGGCAGAGAUGGACUGCGAGGCAGAGAUAUUAAUGGUUUGUACCCUUUUAAAGACUGGAAAGAUGAUGUUACUCCAUUAACAGCAGCAGUUUUAUGCAGAAAUGAAGAAAUCUGCUCUUUUCUACUUAAAAAGUUGGCUGAUCCAAACAAACACUCAACAAAUGGACAAACUCCUCUACAAUAUGCUGCUUUAACUGGAGUUCCACUGAGUAUCGUGAAAAUAUUACUUGCAGCAAAAGCUGAUCCAGAUGGAUAUCAAUUCUUUACUCCAUUGCAAUAUGCUGUUCAUCAAAACCGUGAAGACAUUGUGAAAGCACUUAUAGAGGCUGGAGCUUCACCUGAAAUUAACUAUGGGAUGAAUCCUGAGCUUGAUAAAAAAGUGGAGAGAAUGAUUUGUGGAUUGUCUUCACAGAGUCAAGAGUUUGAUAAAGUACAUCAGUUUUUCUUUCUUUCUUGUGCUGCACGAACAAAAAGUGAGAUAGAAGUUUUCAGAAUCUAUGAGGGAAAUUUCUUUCAAGAGCAUCCUUUAAUUCACACAAUUCUGUUUGAGGUGUAUUUUGGUGUCAUUGGUCCAAGUUCAGAGCUGUAUCGUCAGAGCGCCAUCAAGUGGUUAAAAGAUACAAAGAAUGCAGACAGAUACAUUGAGGGAGUCAUCAAACGCUUCCCAAGAAUCCCUCAGAAACACUGGCCAGUUGCACUGAACUGCUUAUAUGCUGCUUUGUGUGUCAGUGAAAGUGUUUCUCCUCAGAUAUUCAGUGAUCUUGUGCCAAUGCUAACAAACAGUCUUCAGCACUCUGGAAAUCCACAAGGAGAAAGAGUCAAUCAUCUGAUACUAAAUAUACUCAAUGUCAUGAUGCAGAAGACGUCUGAGCAGAAACUGGGAUUGAAUCAUUCUGUCUAUGAGAAAAUGUACAAAAGUCUAUUGCCUCUCACUCAUCCUAAUUAUUCAAGUGUAAUUAGAGUUUGGACUUAUGGACUGUUUGUCUAUAUAUAUGACAUUGCUCCUGAACUUGUAGCAUUGUCCUAUAUCCCAGAGAUGAUCCUUAACACUGCAGAGAUAGAGAUGGAUGAAGUCAUGAAAAAGAAACUGCAAAAGUUGGAUGAAUCACUCAGACAUCCAGCAGGUUCAAGUGCAGUGGAUAAUUUAUGCGAGGAGACUGCAGCUCUGUUAACAAGCAGGAAGAAGAAGAAAAAAAAAAAGAAAAAAAUCCAGCAAGAAGUGGAAUCACAAGAAGGUGACGGUAAAGAGGAACCAUUUCCAGACAUUGUAGUAACAUCCAUUGAGGAAUCAAAUUCAAGUGUGCAGCCGUUCACACGACCUGAUGAGAACUCAAGAAGGUGGCAUCAAACCAGCCACCGUUGGAGGUCCAAGCUCGAGAAGAUAGCUAACAUUGAUGCUAGCAAAGCAUAUAGACUGGGAAACCUUGUUCUUGUUCUUGAACCUGAAUUUCUGAUUGCUAAAGGAAGUGAUGGAACACAAGUUUUCCUUGGUUUGAAGGAUGACGGCACUGAGGUGGCUGUGAAACGAAUGAACAGGUUUAAUUACCAAGACCUCAAAAAUGAGGAGGAAUUUCUAUGGCUUCCAGAACUUGAUAGUCCCUCUAUUGUGAGAUAUGUGGACUUUGCUGAAGAUAUGCAUUUCGGAUACCUUGUUCUUCAGCUUUGUGAGUACACACUGGAGGAAUAUAUUCAAGAUCAUUUACCGGACGACAGCGCUGAGAGAUCUUUGGUUCUCAAGAAGCUGGUGAAGGAAGUUCUCUGCAGCUUACAGGUUUUACACGACCAGAAAACCAAAGUGCUCCAUCGAGACAUCAAACCCCAGAAUGUCCUGAUUGACAUAAAUGAAAAAGCUAGAUUGGCUGAUUUUGGCAUAAGUCGCCGACUGAAACAGGGUGAAACCACUUUACGAACAAGCAUCGCUGGAACUAGAUGCUGGAAGGCAAAAGAGAACAUAAAUGAGAAGUUCAACACUGGAUACAAGAGGAGCUCCGACAUUCAGGUCACUGGGAUGUUAGUCUACUACAUUCUCUCUGGAGGACAACAUCCAUUCGGUGAAGAUGUGGAUUGUGAGUACAACAUUCUACAAGGAAGAUACUCUCUGCAGCAUCUGGAUGAUGAUGUAGCGAAGGAUCUCGUCGAGUGGAUGAUUAAUGAAGAUCCAAACAACAGACCGACUGUGGAGCAAACCCUCGCACACCCCUUCUUCUGGACUGAUGAACGGAAACUGCGGUAUCUGAAAAUAUUGGGAAAUGAGAAAGAGGCUGAAAACUGUCGUGAUGCAGAUGAGGAGCUGCUUAAUGCCGUCUCAAAAUACACAGAGGGGAAAAGCUUUUCUGAAUGGAAGACUAAAUUGCCGUCUGAGCUCGUCCAGAAGCUGGAUGGUAAGAAGAAAGCCUAUCCUGAGAACACACUGGGCCUGCUGCGAUUUAUACGCAACCUACACGAGCAUCAUAAAGCUGAUGCUGUGAAAAUCAACCUGAUGGCGUUAUUCCCUGAUCUCUUUGGGAGUGUGAACUUGUUUGCCAAAGAAAGAGGAUGGAACUCCAGAGAAAGUGUCAUUAUGGACAUCAACUUGGCAUCAUGAACAUAAAAAAUCUGACAUAAAAUUCUGCAUUCAUUCCAACACAGUGACUGAGCAUAAAAAUUGAACUCCUACACAGUAAAGCUUUUAUACAGUUUUAGUUUUUUUUCCUCAGUUACUAAAAUACUGAUGAUUUAAUCUUUCAACAUAAUUGAAAGUCUUGUCUUUUGUUACAUAAAUUGAAAAAGUGGUGGUGUUUGUUGCUAUUUAGUGCUUGGGAGACAAAAAGUAAAUAAAAGUGCCUUAUAAGCUGGUGAUCAUGGGGUUAUUAGAAAAACUCAUGAUGAUGGUGUCAUAUAAAAAUUAAUCAUCAUUAUACCUUUUGAUAACCCUUUGGAUAGAUUUAAUAGCCAGUAAAUGGAUUAUGGGUCAGCUUGGAAAGUGUAUAAUAACAGUACUGGAAAAUGUCUUAUCAACUAUAAUGAACAAUUUAGGCCUGCUCACAGACGGGGCUUAGCUCAAUUAUGACAUUUUAUCUUUUAUAAACGUGCCUUAGGAAACAUUACUGGUUAGCGUUUGCAUCUUGAGACAAAAAAAAGGCACUUAUAUAUUUUAAGAUCAGUCAGUGCAUGUCUCUUUCAGUUAAAACAGCUCAAAUUGUGCAUUUUAUUCUGGGAUUAGAUUUAAACCUUGUCUGUGAAAUUGGGAGUUAGAGUGCUAAAGCUAUGCAGUAGGAUUCAGAGGUUGUUAUUAUUAUUGAAUAUUGUUAUGUGUUAAGAAAGUUGUUAUUUAGCAAACAAUCUGGACAAAAUAUAUAAUGACAUCUAAUUUAAAACAACAAAUGUUAAUCUAUUCCUCUCAAAUCUUCUUCAUACAUUUCUCUUAAUUUGUGUUGUUCGCCAUCUACUGGUUGGAUAUGUUUAAUGCCCCUCUACAAUAAAAAUAAACUAUACCCCUUUAUUGCA